GAUGGCAUUUUAGGACCCAGAUAGGGUGCUUUGAAGAGCAAUUGGAUCCCAGUGACUGACUCCCAGAGCCACUUACCUGACCCCACCGCCACACUGGUCUUUAACCAGACACCAUGCCACAAGAAGAGUGAGCUCUUGCUGUUUUCACCAUGGAGGAGUCGGGAAAGACUUUCAGCUCUGGGGAGGAAGAGGCAAACUACUGGAAAGAUAUGGCUAUGACCUACAAGCAAAGGGCAGAGAACACGCAGGAGGAGCUCCGAGAAUUCCAGGAGGGCAGCCGCGAAUACGAAGCCGAACUGGAGACGCAGCUGCAGCAGGUUGAAACCAGGAACAGGGACCUCCUGUCGGAAAAUAACCGCCUCCGCAUGGAGCUGGAGACCAUCAAGGAGAAGUUUGAAACGCAGCACUCGGAAGGCUACCGGCAGAUCUCAGCCUUGGAGGACGACCUUGCCCAGACCAAAGCAAUUAAGGAUCAACUUCAGAAAUACAUCCGAGAGCUGGAGCAAGCAAACGAUGACUUGGAAAGAGCAAAACGGGCCACAAUCAUGUCUCUGGAAGACUUUGAGCAGCGUUUGAAUCAAGCCAUUGAAAGAAAUGCCUUCCUGGAGAGCGAACUGGAUGAGAAGGAGAAUCUUCUAGAAUCUGUUCAGCGGCUGAAGGAUGAAGCCAGAGAUUUGCGGCAGGAGUUGGCCGUGCAGCAGAAGCAGGAGAAGCCCAGGACCCCCAUGCCCAGCUCAGUGGAGGCCGAAAGGACAGACACAGCCGUGCAGGCCACUGGCUCCGUGCCGUCCACACCCGUGGCUCAUCGGGGACCCGGCGCUAGCUUAAACACGCCGGGGGCGUUCAGACGCGGUCUGGACGACUCCACGGGUGGGACCCCCCUCACUCCUGCAGCACGGAUAUCGGCCCUCAACAUUGUGGGAGACCUGCUUCGGAAAGUAGGGGCACUGGAGUCGAAACUUGCGUCCUGCCGGAACUUUGUGUAUGAUCAGUCCCCAAACCGAACAAGUGGCCCAGCCUCGGGACGGGGGAGCAGGCACAGAGAUGGCGGUGAGAGACAGCCGAGCAGCACCGGUGUGCCUCUGGGUGACAAAGGGUUGGGAAAACGCCUGGAGUUUGGGAAGCCGCCUUCAAAUAUUUCCGCACCGUCGCUGCCGUCAACCCAGGGUGUAGUCAAGAUGUUGCUUUAGGAAAUCCACGGAAGCUGAAGCCCCGGUGUGUCUGUGCGGGAGUCCUGCCUUUCUUCCCCUCUUUAAACUAGGUGUUCGUGUUUUUAAGUUAGUUUGAGAAAUAGGAGCAAACAGUCACAUUAGCCAACAAGGCCAUCGCCCAUGGUCAUCCCAGGGAAAUGUUGUGUCAUGAUCCCCAUCCUUGCUGGUGUGGACAGGGACAAACGGGACCGUCUGGUAAGGGCUCAGAGGUGUGGAA